UUUCAUAGAAUAGUUGACGCUAACUUGACGAUUCGUUUUGAACUAUAAAUAUAAUUAUAUGUAACUUAAUAAUCUAAUUAAUGUUAUUUAAAAUAAACAGUCUCUGAAAAAGGGCAUUGGCUGAUAAUUUGACUGCUAUUAGCUACAUUUCAUAUAUGUUUCAGAUAAAAAGUGUACUUGGAAUAUAAUGGGAAAUUGUUUAAAAAUGAGCAACUCAGACGACAUUUCACUUUUAAGGGGUAAUGAUAGUUUGAACAGGCAAACCAACGCAACGCAGCCGAUUUAUCAUCUUGAUGGCCAUGACCCACAAAUAUUCUAUCCAACAGCAUCCGUUUCAAUUAAUAAUACAACAUCAACAGCCCACCAACUUUAUGAAGAUGGUCAGGUGAAGAUUGCUAAGCGGAUUGGUUUAAUGCAACAUUUGCCUAUAGGAACAUAUGAUGGAUGCUCAAAAAAGUCACGAGAGUGUGUAAUUUGCAUGGCUGAAUUAAGUGUUGGAGAAGCUGUGCGUUAUCUUCCUUGCAUGCACAUUUAUCAUGUUAACUGCAUAGAUGACUGGUUAUUGAGAAGUCUUACUUGUCCUAGUUGCCUAGAACCUGUAGAUGGUGCCUUAUUAAUAAGCUACGACACGACAUAGUGGUGUUUAAAUCUCAGUCUAUUUUAAAAAUACUUUGUUACGAUUUUGCGGAUGAUUUAAAAUUAAAUUUCAGUCGAUAAAUUGUUUCAUAUUACACAGAACUUUUAUUAACAUUUAGUAUAUAAUAAUAAAAUAUUUUUUUACAUUCAUCUGUAUAGCUCCUUCCUUCCUAUUAUUUUAAUAAUUUAUCCUUGGAAUUCUGUGGUCUUUAAGAUAAAAAUGGCUUUUCAAAUAUAUGUAUUUAUAAUAAAAAGUGUACAUUAAAUAUAAGAAUUCGAAGUAGAUUCACCGAUAAAUAAAUAUGUGAAAAAAAUGUAGAAUAAUGUAGAAAAAUACAAUAAAAAGUAAAUAUAUUCA